GCCCCUCUCUCUCUCUUUCACUCUUGAUUCACCUUCCCAACAGGAGGAAGAAAAACUCUGAGCUCUCCUCGCUCAUCGCCCCCGUUGCACGCCCUGUGUCCUCCCCCUCCUGAUGCUGCUGCCGGUUGCCCAGCGACCGCUCCGAUGCCGUCUCGCCCUCCUCGGACGGCACCCUCACGCUCCUCUCAUCAGGGCUGGACGCAUCAUGCACCUUGGGCCGUGACCAUGGGAUGACGGGCAGCGACCAUGAGGCGUCAGAUCCCGCGUCGCUCCGCCGCUCGUCGGGAACGUCCAGUGAGAGCUCCUCUGGCGCGAGGAGCGACUGGUAGUCGGAGCCGACCUCGUCGCUGACAUUGCCCUCGGACUCGUCGGCGAUGCACUCGUCGAGGUCGAGGUUGGGCAGCUCGCCGUCAUCGCCCUCUUCUCCUUCCUCACCACCGAUGAAUGGCGACGGGGGGGAGGUGGUGGUGGCCUGCUGCUUGUGGGUCACUGCUGGUGGCGUGACGGGCAGGGGGAUGGGUGACGUCUGUGUCUGUUUGUCGAUGCAGAAGACGUCACUCCUGGCCCCGCUGGGGUGUUGGUGGUCGUUUUGGCCGUUUGACGAGAGGGUGUCCUCCAGCGCCUCCUCGAGGAUGUCGGGGAGGGAAUGGCACCGCCGACUCGACGACGACCCGCCGCUGCUGCUGCUGCGGCUCUCGUUGUCGGCAUAGUCGUAAUCCUGGUACGGCUCCUCACCCUCUUGACCCUCGAUGUGGUGGUGCUGCUGCUCGUGUGCAUCCGGCGGUGAGCCGGGGGGCUGUGGCCAGUCCAUGUAGACGUGCGAUGGGGGAAAGGACGACCGGAAUUCGGACUCGUCGCCCCUGCCCCACGGCUCCCCGUAUGACGGCUCGCCGCCCGCAGUAGCAGCAGCAGCAGCAGCCAUGUGGUGGUGGGGAUGGUAGUGAUUAGCCUCCUCCUCGUGGUGAGACUCUUCCUGGUCAGCGCCGUAGUACGUCACAUCAGCCUCGUGCUGCUCCACCGUCCCCUCGUCGCCGUGCAAAUGACCAUGGACAUCGUCGGCAUAGCCGUCUUCCGUCACGGAUGGCUCAUACUCAUGGCCGUAACCGUCGUCCACUGACGGCUGGUCGUCGUAUGCACCAUGGUGGUGGACAUGGUCGUGGUGGAUGACCUCCAGCUCGACAUAGCCGCCGUCUCGCCUCUCUGAUGUCAUCGACAGUGUGUCGUCGACGUACCCCAUCUCGCCGUCCAUGAGCUGCAGUGGAUGGGCCCCCGUGAAGACCUCGCGAUGAGUCGAUGGCGGAGGCGGCCUGUAGAACGGAGCUAUGGUCGCCGGGUGGGGAAUCGGAGGCCUCGCCGGCUCCUGACUCUCGCCCUGCCAACUGUGGCUGUCGCUGGGCUGCCCGACAUCAUCACGUGACCGCACAUGAGCGUCAAAACCGGCUCCACGAUGGCUGCCUGAUGAGGGGGCGGCGCUGGCGCACGGGGCCGUGGCUGGCCUCGGUGUCUCUUGCUGUGGUUGGGGCGGAGGUUGUGAGGGAGCACCGAACCGCUCGUGUGGCUCGGGGAUGCCCUGCGCCCUUCUGGCUGCUCGGGCAGCCCGCAGAGCGGCUGACUCGCGCAGGAAGGCCUUCAUGAUCUCGCUCUCGCCGGAAUCCUCAUCCUCCUCUCCCUCUCGCUCGGCUGCCGAGGGUGCUGGCGGUGCCAGGGGUGGCGGGACAGGCUGCUGGCUGGGCUCCUGGAUGGGUGGCUGGUGCCUGACCGACAUGACAGUGAUGGGGGGAGGGCUCCAGAAGCCAUACUGGGGCGGGGGCGGGGGGACGGGGCUCUCGACGUCUGCUGGCGCACGAUGCUCAUCCACCACGGGCAUCGUCGGGACCGACGGACGCUCUUGUCUCGGGGAUGGCGCACGAUUGGCGACCACAUGCUCGUCUGUCAGCGGCUCGACGGCGAUGCCAAAGGGAGGCCGUGUGUCGACUCGUCGGCCGCGAGGCAUGACGUCUCCCGGCGGGGGCGAGGGCGACUCCUCCCCGUCAGCUUGAACCGACGACACAGGGGACUCGCACACCCCCUCCCGCUCCCUGACCAGAAGCGGCGACGAGUGGGCGUGCCGCCGCGACCUCAGUGGCAGCCGGAGGGUCUCGCGGGUGGUGCCGGUGGCAUACAGGGGCUGGCUGAAGGGGUCGGCGAUGCGCACCUCGAACGAGAGGCCGACCGCGUCUCGGAUGAGGUGCCAUGACCGGCUGACGGUCAUGGAGUCGAAGGGCGGGGGCUGGUCCACGUCUUCAUCCUCACCCUCACCCUCCCUCUCCCUCUCCUCUGGGUCGUCGUCAUCAAUAAUGAUGUCGUCUCUGGGGUUCCUGCCGUAGAGCUGGUAGUAGGCGUCGACCCUUGCAUGUAUCUCCUUCUCGUGUGAGGGGUGGAAGGUGGUGCAGACGAUGCGCAGGUAGUCGAGGGCCUCUUGCAGGUGCUCCGCCACACGCUGCAGGCAUGGCGACGGGAACUCAACCUGACACGCACACACACACAGGAGACACCAUGAAUGAGGACAGUGUGAGGCUGUUUCGGUGCUUGGGCGGGGCGUGUGUGUGUGUGUUACCUGUGCGUCGACGGCGAGUAGGUUCAUGAGGCAGAGGUAGUGUGUGAGCCGGUGGGGGUCGCUGGGCGAGUACUCGGGGAACAGCGCCUUGAGCACCGUCACGGGAUGCGCCCGCUGCUCGUCGCCCAACUUCUCAAUCGUCUCACGAAGCCGCUCCAUCGCCUACACAACACCACCACACACACACACAGUGGGCCCUGUGCCAUCAUGUGAUCUGUCGGCCCAAAGCUCACCUCUUCGCCGUCGACGGUGUGGCUGAGCACCCGCAGUGCCAGCCAUCGGUAGGUGGCGUCCUGGUCGUCCUCCAUGACCUUCUGCCGCCACUUGCCCUCGGCCACACAGAGGGACGACACACUGCCGCCCCUCCUGUCGCAGUGUGGGGGCGACAGCGAUGCCGGCAUGUCGGGCAGCCGGGAGGCCGAGUGGCUGCGGUGGGGGGCGUGGGGGUUGGUCUGCACCGAUGCGACAUCCAUGUCGUCGGAGGGCUUGCGGACCCUGAUCCAUUGGCACACAAGAACGAGCCGAUGACAAGUCGUGCAUUCAGGCGUGUCUAUGCGUUUUCUUUGUCUCGCUCACGUCGUGGUGGGUUCUGGUGGUUGUGGCUGCUCUGCUGGCGGGGGUCGCGAUGAUGAGUGUGGUGUGGAUGAGGGUGCCUGGGAGUAGGGGGUGGUCGGGGGGUCCUCGGGGGUGCCCUUCGACUCAGACACCGAGGGCGACGACACAAACGGCCUGACGUGCCCAAAACAAGGAAACACGCCAGUUCUUGUCAAGAACUGUUACAGCUUUAUCUCUUCUGUCGUGUGGCUUACGCAUCACUGGGGCGAGGCGCCUUGUUGGACCUACACAGACACACAGACACCCGAACAGAGAAAUGCUCCUGCAUGCUCCCUUCCUUGCCCACCCCCCCUCAUGGUUUAUUCUCACUGUCUCUGCGCCCAGAACCGCAUGUGUGACGCCCUCGUGUUGAAGAGCGCCUGCUGGUCGCGCAGCAGCGCCUCCACACUCUCAUAGACACCCAGGAUGGGCCCAGGCAAUGGCGGCGACAUGCUCUCCAGCCGCCUCGCCAGCCCCCGCCCCUCCUGCCGAUACCGCACAUGAGGGUCGCCCUUGGUCUCGUCGCUGGCCCUUGCGAACGCCCUCGCGUCAAAAAUGUUGAUGAGGCUGACACGGAUGCUGCCGCCGUACCCCUGCAUGGCCUGCGCGCAGACGAGCCAAAAAUCGCCGCGCUGCCCGACCAUCCAGACGCCGCUGCUGCCGUCCGCCACAGGGAUGGGCUUGCCCAGCCGCCGCUCGAGCUCGGCAAAGACCUUCCUGCGUGUGGCGUUGUCAUUGGUCGAGGGCCGGCUCUUGAUCAGGAUCUCGCCCCGCCGCGUGCACUUGAGGGACUGGCAGUCCUUCCGGGUGGAGAUGGUGUGUGUGACGGCGGUGCUGAAGAGCUUGUCGGGCCUGCACUCGGCGACGGGCAGCUGCUGCUGGUGGUGGGCGUCGGCCGUGUGUCGGUUUUUCUUGCGGCCUUUGCCCUUCUUCCUGGUGUGCACCAGCGGCCAGAGGACGGGCCCGAUCUUGGUGCGGAGGAGCUCCGUCUGCACGGCGGUGGUGACGUCGUCUUCAUCGGCGCCCCCCUCCUCGAGCUGCUGCAGGGGGAUGGGGUUGGCCUUCAGAUCUUCCUCCGUGAUGCGGAUGGGCGGCUCAAUCCUCCCGGUGCAACUCAACAGCCGAAGCAGUGGCUCCCUGCAGACAGACAGACAGACAGACAACCACACCCAACGACACACACAGAAUGAGCCGAAUCCACGAUGACCAUGCAUAGCCGUGCCGUGCUGUGGUGUGCAGUCAGUGGUCGUGUGUGCGUACCAUUUGUCCCAUGCCUUCUUGCUGCGAAGGACGAGAGGGAGGUGCGCCGGCGCCAUUCGCGCGAGCAGCAGAUCCGGCGCCACGAGACAGACCUCAGAGAUGCAUGGCUCGUGACUGCGCGCUGAACUCGAUGAGGCGCAGGUCUCGCCACAGCUCAUGUAACCGGACGAGGCACCGAACAGCGCCAUCUGGUUCAGCGAUGCUGCGGGACGAAAUCCCGAGACUGCGGCGGUUCCCUACCGCAUUGGGAGGACAAGGUGAAGCGCGUGAAGCCCAAAUGAGAUUGGG